UUUCAUAUCCUCCAUCUCUCUGUCUCUGUUUCACCUUCUCCGAAGGAAACCGACCCAAUCUUUUUGGCCUCCUCAAAUCUUUCCCAAUCCCAAACCCUAAUUCAUCAUCCCGGUUUGAGCAUUCACUGAUCAAUACGGCGACGAAGCUAAUCGAAUCGCCUGGAAAUACGCCGUACGCCAUAGCGUGAGGAUCCGCUGGUUUCUGCUGUUGAUUUAGGUUACCGGGUUAUCGGUCACCGGGGAGCUCAUGGCGAACGGUACGGAUUCCGAGGAGUUCGUGGUGCUGUCCAGAGUGAGGCCGGGGUUGAAGCGCGAGUUUGCAUUUGCUCUGAAGGCGCAAUCCGAGAUCCGCGGGUCCUUUGGUCGGACUCGGGCGAGGAAGGUCCAGAACGGGGUCUACAGUGAUGGGGUCUCGUCGAGUUCGGGCAGUAAGCGUUUGAAGAAGAGUCCGGAGGCGGGAGAGGGAGAACUUGCUGUGCGGAAACCGGUGAGUGAAGGCGAGAGAGCUGCUGCUACAGGCGUCGUGGCCAAUGUGGAUGCACAUGCUGUGAAGGGGGAGAAAACAGGGAGACAUUUCGAGGGUGCCGUGGAUUUGAUGAGCGAAGAGGAGGCGAAGAGCGACAUGGUGGACGUUGAAGACGUUCGUAAGAGCAGUUUGGGAGAUUCUCUCAGCGAUAAUGGUUUGAAGAGCGACAUUCCGACGGAAAAUGUGGGUUUCAAGCCCGAAAUCAUCUCACAUAAUGGAGCAGUGAAUGGCGCCGAAGCAAGUCCAAAAGGGCCUGCUGAGAUUGAAACGACUUUAAUGGAGACCAAGGAAGACAAAGUCGGGAAAGACGCUGACCUGGGGAAAAUCCAUGAACUUCCUUUUACUGAGGACCAGCGGAAAGUUGAAAUAGCACCAUUAUCUGGAAAUAAGGCAAACCAAGUGUUGGCUGAGAAGCCGUAUAGGCGGUUUACUCGUUCAGCACUCAAACCAAAGGAAGAUGUUGUGGAGAAAACUGUGGCAAAAAAUGCGAGAAAAGUGAGCCAUGGCAAGGUAAUUGGCGAUGGAGGUGAUAUGAAACUAGGGAAUGGGGCGAUUUCAUUGGUUAACACUCCAACGAAGUUGGAGUUGAAAAUGUCUAAGAAGAUUGCAUUAAAGAAGCCCUUUUCAACAUUGAAGGAUUUUCUUGAGACAGGAUUACUCGAGGGGCUUGCUGUGAAGUAUUUCCGGGUUUUAAGGGAUCGGAAGCGUGAAAAAGGGCUUGGUGGAGUAAUCAGAGGAGCUGGGAUUCAGUGCUCCUGUGAAGACUGCAAAGGAGUCGAUGUUGUCUCGCCCACCAUCUUCGAGCUUCAUGCUGGCAGUUUAAAUAAGCGUCCACCUGAAUAUAUAUUUCUGGAAAAUGGGAAAACCCUUCGUGAUGUAAUGAAUGCGGUCAAGAAUGCACAGCUAGAUACUAUGGAAGAGGCUGUUCAAGCUGUUCUUGGUUCUUCACGGAUAAACAAAUGUAACAUAUGUUUAAAUUGCAAAGGAGCCAUCUCUAAGAUGACAACAGGGAACCCGAAGCUUUUGUGCAAUUCAUGCUUGGAAUUGAGACAGUCCCAGGUUUCACCUGGCCAAGUAGUUGCUACCGAAGAGGCUUUUCUAGAUGAAGUAUCUUUUGUUGCUCAGGCUUCACCUGAUCAAGCGGCUGUUGCUGAACAGGCUUCUGCUGGUGUAGCAACUGUUUCUCCACGAAGAUUGCCAGAAACACAUCCAGCUUUGGAGUCAUCUGCUGAUUUGUCUGCUGGCCCAGCAAAGGUUGCUUCUUCGCAGGCUAAGAGUUGGGGAAAAUUAACUCGAAAGGACCUACGUUUGCAUAAGUUGGUUUUUGAGGAGGAUGUGUUGCCUGAUGGGACUGAAGUUGCAUAUUUUAUACGCGGGAAGAAAUUGCUGGUCGGCUACAAAAAAGGGUUUGGGAUCUUUUGUACGUGCUGUGAUUCUGAGGUUAGCCCCUCACAAUUUGAAGCUCAUGCGGGUUGGCCAUCACGUCGCAAGCCAUACUUAAACAUUUACACAUCUAAUGGUGUUUCCCUUCAUGAAUUGGCGAUAUCCUUAUCGAGGAGUAGGAAGUUGUCUGCCAGUGAGAAUGAUGACCUUUGCACCAUUUGUUUGGAUGGAGGGGAUCUUUUGUGUUGUGAUACUUGCCCAAGGGCUUUCCACUUAGAGUGCAUUUCUCUUUCAAGGAUUCCGAAAAAUAGCUGGAACUGUAAAUAUUGCCUGGACAUGCAUCAAAGGGAGAAGUUUGUGGAGUACAAUGUUAAUGCAGUGGCAGCUGGAAGGAUCGCUGGAGCUGAUCCUAUAGAACAGAUAACCAAGCGAUGCAUUCGAAUUGUGAAAACUCCAGAGACUGAAGAAGUGGGAGUUUGUGCAUUGUGCAGGUUGUUUGGAAUGUUAACGCCGUCUGAAAACAUAAGCAAGGGUUUCACCAAAUCCGGUUUUGGUCCUAGGACAGUUAUCAUUUGUGAUCAGUGUGAGAAGGAAUUUCACGUCUGCUGUUUGAGGGAUCACAAAGUGGCUGAUUUGAAGGAAUUGCCAGAAGGAAAUUGGUUCUGUUGUAUGGAUUGCGAGAGGAUGCACUCUGCCCUGGAAGAAAUGGUAAUUCAGGGAGAGAAGAAGCUUCCAGACUCACUCUUGGAUGUGAUAAAGAAGAAGCGUGAGGAAAAAGACACUCAGAAUGAAUCCAAUCUCGAUAUAAGAUGGAGGAUUCUCAACAACAAAAUAUUGUCUGAUGAUGCAUCGAAGCAGUUGCUCCAUAAAUCUGUUGCCCUUUUUCAUGAGCGGUUUGAUCCGAUUGCUGAAACCAAGAGUGGACGGGAUCUCAUUCCUGCAAUGGUCUACGGGAGGAGAUAUAAGGACCAAGUGCUCAGCGGGAUGUUCUGUGUAAUAUUAAUUGUCGACCAUGCAGUCGUGUCAGCGGGAACUCUUCGCAUUUUUGGGCAAGAAAUGGCAGAACUUCCUUUGGUUGCCACAAGUACAGAUUGCCAAGGACAAGGUUACUUCCAGUCUUUAUUUGGCUGCAUAGAGAGGCUUCUUCAUUCUCUCAAUGUGAAAAAUCUCGUGCUUCCUGCUGCCGAGGAAGCAGAAUCCAUAUGGACAAACCGAUUUGGUUUUUGCAAGAUGACCUCAGAGGAGUUGAAACAGUUGAGAAGAAAUCGCCAGAUGAUGGUCUUUCAAGGGACGACUGUGCUUCACAAGGCAGUUCCCGUGUUCCCUGAAAGAGAGUAAGCUGAAUCAACAUUUGAUUACUGUGGAGAAGUUUUUGGGGAGCGAUGACCGUUUUGUCUCUGGCCAUUAGUUGUACAGGAUUUCUUAAAUAUUUUGUACAUGGUUGUUGAAUAUUGCCGCAUAGUCUUUUGAGCGUGUUAGGAAUUUUUUGGCAGCGCAGAGAGGAAACAAGCAGGGUUUUGUAGUUGGGCUAGAGAUACAACAAGGAAUUAGGGAAAAAGUUUUGGGAGGGUGUUUAUACUUGAAACCGCAGAAGAUGAUGGUGUACAUUCCGUAGGACAUCCCUUUUGAGAAUUUUGUGUCCACAGCAUAUAUACAUCCGGAAGUCUUCAUGGACUCGAUUUUACUUGAAA